AAUGUUGAAUGCCAAACGCUGCCUUACCAAGCAUGAUUUUGAGUUUAUCCUUAACGUGACCGGCAACUGCUGUCGAUUCGCUGCAAAUGAAUCUCUUCUACUCAUAUUCUUCGCUCUUAGGUCGGAGAAUGGUGAAAUGCGAAUGGAACCUAAAACACUAUAUUUGUCCCUCAUUAUCUCCAUUGAAGACAAAUUGUAGAAAUAUAACAGUAUUUGCGAAGUCGUCGGAGUCCAAUGGUGCUUCCAUUUCAGUAGCUGGAGCUGACGGUUCUUGGUCGAGCUCUGUUUCCCGCGAAUCCCCCAUUUCAGGGUCUAUGGAGCAAGUAAUGGUGGAAUAUGUAUUUGGGAGAAAAAAAGCUACUGAAGUUGCUCACUAUGUUUGGAAGCAAGUUGUGCAAAAAGGGGAUGCAGUUGUUGAUGCCACCUGUGGAAAUGGGUAUGAUACUUUGGCACUAUUGAGAAUGGUUGCUGAUAACGCAGGGAGAGGUCGAGUUUAUGGCAUGGAUGUCCAGAAAAUUGCUCUAGAAAGCACUUCAUCCCUACUGGACCAGUUUGCUAGUCAAGAUGAGAAAGAACUUGUUGAGCUAUUUGUUAUGUGUCAUAGUCAAAUGGAGGACAUCGUGCCGAAUGAUGUAGCUGUAAGGUUAGUUGCUUUCAACUUGGGUUACCUCCCUGGCGGUGACAAAAAGCUCAUUACCAGGUCUGAAACAACUGUGCUUGCAUUAGAGGCUGCUAAGAGACUCUUGGCACCUGGCGGACUCAUCAGCAUUGUAACUUAUGUGGGCCAUCCCGGUGGAAGGGAGGAGUUUGAGAAGAUUGAAGGUUUUGCUUCCGGAUUACCGGUUGAGAGUUGGAACUGCUGCAAACUACAACUGUUGAAUCGCCCACUAGCUCCCAUACUGAUAUUUUUGUUCAAAAGAUAGGACAGGCGCCUGCAGCUGAGACUGAUCAGAGUGCAGAUUGAUGUCCAGUACUUUGGAGUAGUCUAAAUCAGGACUCAAAUCAGUAUCCAACAUGUCCCAAAAAUCAAUAUCUGCCCCUGCUGAAUCUGAUGGUAUUUCAUUAAUCACCUGAUCUUGGUUGUCGCGAGCCUCUGCUGCGCGAACGUGUUCAGUACUCAAGUUGCAGAGGUUUAAUGAGCCAUAGGAAGAAGUUGGAGAGCAAGAACCUGCUGCAGAUGCUGUGGCUUCCUCAGUUAAACUAGUAGCAACAUCUAUGUAUUGGCCCUUAUUGUUGGUUUCAAAUGCUUCUUGAGUAGUAGUAGUGAUCAUGAUUUCUUUCUUCAA